AUGCCUUCUCGUAGCGAUAACACUAGGUAUGAGAAUGCUAGGAAUGCAAACGGUGCUCCUCAAGUCCCAGAUCAAGAAGUUUCGAAUGAAGAAUUCGGGAACUCCAUUCAGAUGUUUUCUAAGAGUGUGGCCAACCAGAACAAUCAGUGGGCUCCUGUUCCGACAAAUGCUAUUUUUGGGCUCAGGACUCCUGCUCAGGAUAGUAAGAAAUGUAGGACAGGCAACUAUGACUAUUCUCAACAGAAAUCGAGUGGUGGAAAUUGUUCACAAUUUCAGCAAAAGUCUUCGACUCCAGCACCUUUAUCAUCUAGUGUUCCAUUCCCCAAAGUUCAGUCUACACCUUUAGUAGUGCCAGCAGGUCGCCCAACUCAGCAGGGUAACUCAUUUGGUACAGGUGGCGCACAACACCAAAAUAGGUUAUAUGAUCUUCAAGCUUGCCAGGAUCAGGAAGAUUCUCCUGAUGUAAUCACUGGAACGUUACGAGUCGUUGAUCUUGAUGUUUAUGCAUUGUUAGUGCCAAGGGAUACUUUGGCUUCUGUAACUCCUUAUAUAGCGGUCUAA